GGACCGAAACAGUCACCCCACCUCAACAUUCGAUACCAGCGAAUUCCUCAAGGCACAAGAUGGGUCGGUUCAAAGAAUAUCAAGUGAUCGGUCGAAAGUUACCUUCCGACAAGGAUCCUAACCCGAAAUUAUAUCGUAUGAGGAUCUUUGCUCCUAAUGAUGUAGUCGCCAAAUCUCGAUUCUGGUAUUAUCUUCGACAAUUGAGAAAGGUCAAGAAGGCUUCUGGUGAGAUUGUUGGAAUUAAUCAAAUUCACGAGAAAAAACCUCUCAAGGUCAAAAACUUUGGUAUCUGGUUACGAUAUGAUUCUCGAUCUGGUACCCACAACAUGUACAAGGAAUUCCGUGAGAUGUCUCGAGCCGAUGCUGUUCACGCUUGCUACCAGGACAUGGCUUCACGUCAUCGUGCUAGAUUCCGUUCGAUCCAGGUCCUCCGAGUUGCCGAGAUUGAAAAGACCGCAGAUGUUCGCCGACCUCACAUCAAGCAACUUUUGGUCCCCAAACUUCGUUUCCCUCUACCUCACCGUUGUGUCAAGUUCCGAAGCACAUUCAUCGCUACUCGACCAUCAACUUUCUACUAGUGAUCAAAUACUAUCUUCGCUACUCAUCAUUGUGUCCAACUCAAUGCAUGCAUUUGAUACUAUGUAUAAUCUAGUCAAGGCUAGAGGUUUAAAAUUC